AUGGAAAAUUCUUUGCAAAAGUUUGUGAAUUCUAAGAAAGCAGCCCAACAAGCAUAUGAAUGUAGAAAUCCUUAUGGUCCUAAUGUGUCACAAUUUGAAGGGGAUAGGGCAGAAGGUGAAGAAGAGGUUCAAGAAAUGCAAAGUCCUAUGGCAGAUAAUAGUGGAAAAAGGAAAAAAUCAACAGUGGAUAAGUAUUUUGCACCAAGAAAUACUCAAGGAGCUCAACCUUCCAUGAGGAGUGUACUAGCUAGGAAAGAAGCUAUUUGGAGAGCGGAUAUGGCGGUUGGGAGAUUCUUUUAUGAUGCAUGCAUUCCUACUAAUGCAGUGAAUUCCUUCUACUUCAAGCCAAUGUUGGAUGCUAUAUCUGCAAUUGGUCCUGGAUAUAAGGGUCCAAAUUACCAUCAACUACGGGUUAAUCUUUUAAAGGAUGCCAAGAAGGAAGUUCAGUUACUUGUGGACUCUUAUCAUGCAAUUUGGGCAAAAGUUGGGUGUACAAUAAUGGGUGAUGGUUGGACAGAUAAUAGACAAAGAACACUCAUCAACUUCCUUGUGUAUUGUCCUGAAGGAAUAUCAUUUGUGAAAUCCGUUGAUGCUUCAGACAUUGUCAAGGAUGAAACUAAUUUGUUUCAGUUAUUUGAUGAGGUGAUUGAAUGGGUUGCUCCACUCAAUGUAGUUCAUAUAGUCACUGAUAAUGCAGCAAAUUAUGUGGCCGCAGGGAGAUUGAUUUCUCAGAAGCAUAAACACAUUAAUUGGUCACCUUGUGCAGCUCAUUGUCUUAAUUUGAUCUUUAAGGAUAUUGGUAAGAUGGACCAUGUUGCUGAACUUGUAAGACGUGCAUCAAAGGAUUAUAAAAGCAAAGUUGCAGUUUCCAUCAUCUUGGAUAAUAGAUUUUGGAAUGAUUGUUUGAUUGUUGUGAAUCUUAUGUCUCCACUAAUGCGCUUAUUGCGUAUUGUUGAUUGUGAUGAGAGGCCUUCGAUGGGAUAUGUGUAUGAAGGCAUGUAUAGGGUUCGUUUGGGCAUCAAGAAAUUGUUUAACUACAACGAAAGACUAUACAAGCCUUAUACGGAGAUCAUAAAGCAACGUUGGGAUCAAAAAGCAUUCAUUCAACAGCUUAUUGGUUGA